ACGCAAAAUGCGUGUCGACGUUUUAGUCCUUUUUACGAAAUAGAAGGAGGAUGAUCGUCGCCAAGAAAAUCGGCAUUGUCUGCCUGGUGACACGCGUCUGCCUGACGAGUGCCAUACUGACGACUAAGGCAUCCUUGAAUUUGACUAAUGUAUCGCGUCCGUGGCACAGUUAUCUGCCAGCUGCAAAUUCUGAGUUUUCGAAGCAUCGGAAUUAUCAAUACGACGAUCAUCAUACGAUCGGCAGCAAUCUGGAGAAGCUCCAGGGCUCCGUGUCCAGAGAUGCAGAGACAGAACGUCCUAUGGGACUUCAGUCCGCGUCGACUUUGAGUAAUCGCAGGCAGAAAUCGCAGAUAAGUCCUCAGAGAUUCCCAACGGAGAUUCACCGGGAUGAUAUUUGGCUUUCGGCGAAAGUGCCAAGCACAUCUCCGUCGCCUCCGCCGUCGACGACGAUAACGACGACGACAAUGUUAUCGGGGCCUCGAAGUGUCCGGGAAUAUUACCACCACAUACCUCAACAAUUCGCGUAUCAGGAUAUCCAAGUACUCGACGACAGAUACCUGACGGAGGAGCUGGAUAACGAUAGAUCACCGUAUCAUGGAAAAAUUAAAACAUAUUACCGUCGCAGGCCGCAAGACAUUACAGCAGCCAUCAAAGCCCUCGAUCGCUUCCUCAGUCAUACUCUGAACGACGAUAGCUAUAACAGCAAAGUACAUCCACCACCCAAUCCAGUUCUAGCUCUCGUUCUGUCUCGAUACGGACGUUACGUGCCCGGACCGCGAAACCCCCGUGUGUAUGCAAAUUUGGCGGUAAACAAUAUCCACAAUAUCCAACCCUUUGGCAAGUACAAGUACGAAUACGACGAGGAACCGAUUUAUCCGGUAAGAAGAUAGCGAUCGUAAGAAUAUUAACAAUUUGCGCCAGAAGAUGCUAAUGUAAGCAAAACUAUGACAAUAAAAUGAUGACGAUUAACUUCAACCGACAAAUUUUAUUCUCAAAGCAGAUAUCUCAAUAUACAAACGAUGUAAUGAUAGAUGAGAGACUGUCGGAAAAUACAGUGAGAUGAUCGACGGGCGAGUAAAAUAUUUCUUACAUGUUGUCGUCAUGCUCCGAGAUUUUGAAAUAUAUUCUAGAGAAUUCUCCACAUGCGUGAUGAAAUAUGUAGUUGAAGACUGCUAUUGCCCUUAAGCUAUGAUUGCAUCUAAGUUAUAAUAUUCCUAACUUCCAACUUUAUCACGAAUAUGUAUAAGUUACUUACAUAUCUAGUAUUAUCUUCAUUCCUUUAAAAA